UCAAAAGGUUAAAUAAGACAAGCCUAAAUCACCUAGAAAGUUUUAAGUAUGUAAUAUAAAAUUUUAGGGUAUUCGAAAUAAUUAAGAAAUUAAGCUAUUGUUUCAAGAAAGUAGAGAGUUGUUUCAGUUGGUGUGUGACGUAAUUUGGACAUGUGUUAACCAUCAAGUUUAUUGAGAUACUUUGUACAACUACAUAAUAUUGAAAGACGGUGAUGUGGCUACUGUAAACAGCCAUAUAAUUUUGGUGUAUGCAUCAGAAAGCAUGGCUCAGUCUGAGCAACAACCAUAUAGUUUUGGACAAGUUAACAAUGAUCAGUUUCAUGUUCAAAGAUCUAGAAGAAACAUAAUCUUCAACCAUACAAGACCUACACCUCCUUCUAAUGAGGAAAUAAUAAGAAAAGGUUAUUCAUUGUUUAGAAAUUUUGUUCAUGAAGAAGCUAUACUUAAACAAGUUAAAACUGUGGUGACUCCACAAAGGUAUGAUGCCACUUUGCAAGACUUGCCUGUUGUUGAUAUGGAUGAGGCAAAUGAACCUCAGCAUGCUACGAGUCAGGACACUUCAUUUGAGUGUGCAUCUUUGAACCAAGAUAUUAGAUCUUACGAUGAAUGUGACAAUGCUUUUGUGUCUAAACUUGGAAAGGAUCUGAGGAAAAUAGCUGAUGAAUUUGCUGCCAGUGCUGCAAGACAGAAAGUAAAGAAGAAAGCUGAAGAAAUUAACACGAGUCAACUGUCACCUCAGAAAUUCAACAGAUUGCUUGUGGAGUUGUUUUCAGAUGGAUUUAAUACCACAGAAGGUAUCGUCACCCUCUUCUUCUUCUGUAGCGACCUUAUACUUAAAGGUUGCUACAUUGAUUAUUGUAUAAUGGGUAUGAUGUGGUCUUGUAGCUUCAUAAGAAACCAUGUGGGGAACUGGAUUUACCAAAAUGGUGGUUGGGAAAAGGUUCUGUGUGUUAUGGGAGGUUACGUUAAAAAGACGAUUCACACAUUCUCGAUAGCAGCUGUCGGGAUGGCAGCAGUUGCUGUCGGAGUAGCAGCUGUGGUUUACAUCAGGAAGAAUACCUGAGUGAAGAGGAUCAAAUAUGACAACCCAUAUACUAGUCGUUGUUGUUAGUCCAAAAUGGAAAAAUUAUCUAUGCCGUUUUUUGGCCUUUUUCUAACAAGGCUCAAAAUGUAAAAUUAAAAUGGUAAUUGAUUUGAACUUCCAAUAUUAAAAGUGGUUGAUUUUGGGCAAUAGUCAGUGUGGAGUAAUUUUUAGUAUGAUUUUAUAAUAAAACUGUUUUAUAAAGUAGUAGUACCAAAUAUUUUUUAUGGUACAAUAAUAUCAGUGAAUUACGUUGUUGCGAACACUUAUUUAAGAUAAUGUGAAACUUUCAUUGUUAUAGUGUGUAAAUUUUGUUUCAUUGAUUUCUUGCUACGGUGCAUAAUAUUCCUUAUUUUAAGAACAGGAUUUUAAACAGGGGUUUCUAGUUCUCAUUGAGUUUUUUAAUAGAUAAAAACAUGAAUAUUCUGAACCUUUUAGUAGCCUGGCAUUAGCAUGUGCAUCUUUUGAUACAACCUGUUUUAUACCAAACUUUUUUUUUUAUAUUGUAAUAUUCAAACCUGUUUAGACAAUCUUGUUAUCCAAAUCAAUGUGUCACAAUUUAUAAUACUUGUGAAUAACUUUAAACGUACCAUCCAGCGUAACGUUGGUGACAGAAGUGUGUAUCCAAAACGAAGUUCAUAUUAAUAGGUGAACUGUACAAAAUAUUUCAUUUGAGUAGAAAUUGAUUAUAAUACUUUAUGUGGUAAUUUUCAGUGUUAAUUUCAAUUUAAUUUUGUAGAUAUUUAGAUCCAGUUUAGGUACCAUGUACUUCAUAAGAACCUAACCUGCUGGAUUGCUCAAAAUCUGAGUUAAUUUUAAUUUAUUGUCUAGUUUCUUUUUUAGUGGUUUGUAACUUUAUUGUACGUUCGAGAAACCAUUGUGUGGCAUAGUUUAAAGAGUAUUUCUGUUUAUUACCACAUUAAUUAAUUAUUAAUUAAUUAAUAUUAUUAUAUUACCUAUGUAAUAUAAUUUUGUUUUACUGAUCUCAUAAUCAUUUUGAGUGGAAUUUUGUGUAUAAAUGUUUCUCCAUAAAUUCAUUUUUUUCGGAGCCUGCUUAAAACCAUUUUGUCCUAAAUUAAAAUAUUUAAUUUUUUAUUUUAUAUUAUGUACUUUCUUCUGAAUUAAACAAUAAGAUGAGAUUUAUAAGUCAAACAAAAUCAAAAAACAAUAUUUUCACAGCUUGUUACUGGUUAAAACAACUGUAAUAUAUUGAUUAAUAUCAAUCGUCUAGUCAUUUAUCUAGUUACACUUUUUAGUGUUAAUUAUGCAUUGUUUGAGAAAUUACUGUAAAUGUAUUUUUAACAGUAUAAGAGUGAUUAUAAGGCUUUAGGAACUAUUAAUGUACUUACUCUACCUUUUGCUUUACAGUUUUUUACAAAUGAGACUCAAAAUAAAACUUAAAUUAAUUUGAAUUUCCAGGUUCAUUCAGAAUUGUUAUUUUGGUAUAACCCAUGUUGGUACAGACGUGAAGAUUGAUAACCUUUGUGGUAUAGUGGUAUAACCCAUGUGUGUACAGACAUGAAGAGUGAUAGUCUUUGUGGUAUUUUGGUAUAACCCAUGUGGGUACAGACAUGAAGAUUGAUAGCCUUUGUGGUAUUUUGGUAUAACCCAUGUGGGUACAGACAUGAAGAUUGAUAGCCUUUGUGGUAUUUUGGUAUAACCCAUGUUGGUACAGACAUGAAGAUUAAUAGCCUUUGUGGUAUUUUGGUAUAACCCACAUGGUUACAGACAUGAAGAUUGAUAGCCUUUGUGGUAUUUUGGUAUAACCCAUGUGGGUACAGACAUGAAGAUUAAUAGCCUUUGUGGUAUUUUGGUAUAACCCAUGUGGGUACAGACAUAAAGAUUAAUAGCCUUUGUGGUACUAUGGUUUUAAAGAUUUUUUUUUAUCAGUUUUGUAAUAUUGUAGUAUGAAAUAUUUUUUAUGCUACAAAAUUACUAGUGAACUACACAAUUCUAAAGCAAAACGUUCAGUAAAUAGAGCAUUUUGUUCCUGAAAUCUUAUGGUCGUUUUCAUUCUGGUUAUUAAGUUAUUUACUUCAGUUAAUGCUAUGUAAAUUAAAGGGUGACAUAUUUUUGUACAUUUUGUAUUGUAUGAUUUAAAUAAUAAAGAAAGUGGGCUAUUAUUAAUUCUGUUAUUAAACUUAAGUUUGCAAGAGACUUAAUUGUUGGAUAUUUGUGUAAUGACUGCUGGAAAUUUUGUUAUAUGUAACUUUUCAAUAAAAUUGCUUUGACAGAG